AUGCAGUUAUUGGCGCCUCUGAUUGACGCAAAGGAGGGUGUCACAUAUAAUUCGAAGGGAAUACCAUGCAUGGUGGUGGUUGACCCUGCCACCCGCAAGCUGUUGAUCCCCUGCGAAUCGGUGUACCCCACCCGCGCGCAGCAACGUGCGACGAUCCCGAGCCUCUGCCAACUUUUCCUGCAGGGCCGUUGCCGCCAGGGCGCACACUGCCACCAGGUGCACGCCGCGCUGGACGCGAUAGUGGCUCUGCGAAGUCAGGUAGAGAGCCUCCCGUGGUGCUGCACGCUGCAUGGUGACCAAGACCAUGCCGGUGUGAUGGAGGAGGGGUCGUGGCUGUCGAAGGUCGUGCUACACCUUCCUGAAUUCGACUAUGAGGGUGGUUAUGUUCCGAUCAACCGUGUUGGUUACACCGCCGCUCUGCGCAGGUUGCUCAAGGAGCGGUAUGCCCGGGUGGUGGGGGAGGAGCAAGAUGAGAGCGGGGACGUGGGUGAACUCGCUGCGGAAGCUGAGCGUCUUGUGCUGGAUGCAAGUGAUCAGGUAAUUUGUCGUUUGCACAUAUUUGAUCGUUGCCGCUACGCCGAGGAGUGCAGGUUUCUACACUUGUGCAAGGAUAUCACAGCCACCCUCUGCACUUCAAAGUCUGAAGGAGAUGCUAUGAGCUCUACACGUGCCAGUCAAUCUGUUUCGGUGUUCGCCUCAGGGUCGCGCAAUCAUGUACUUCGUGGCUACCCACUGCAGUAUCCCGCCAGCGAAGUACGAACGAAUAGCGGGUCACCAAAGCCCUGGAAUUUGACUUGCGAGCCUACAUGGACUGCAAGUCUAGGCUCGGCCUUGACCUCGUACCAAUCGAAUGCACCGGUGACAGCGCUGGCGUUGCCCCAAUUCCUGCAGACAUCCACGUCACAGACUCCAAAUGGAAGUUUUUGCGGAGCUGCAAUAGAGAGAAGUCUGAAUGUGUCAUCCUUCCCUGAGAUAAACCGCCACAUUGCUUCACUGGCAACUGAGAAUGUACUUCUGGAUGCUGUAACACCAUCGAUGGCACCCCCAAAACGGGCAACGGUCAGUGUUAGAGCCAAAAUGAGCAGCUCCGGAUGUGACAGUGACCUGGGGGUUGACCGCUCGUUCACCUCCGAGCUUCCUUUGACACCGUCGUCUGAAAACGCGACCUCGUGCCCAGCGACAUCGGGAAGCUUUAGCUGCAAGCACUAUUGGCAGCACAACCCGUACCGCAGUACAGCUCUUCUUCAGGCUCAGGGGCGCAACGUGGUGUAG